GGCUCUCCACGGAGCGUGCGCGGGCGGGCGGGCGGAGAAUAUAGCAAAAAGGGACGGACCACCCCACACACACACACCAUCGGCCCCCCGAAAAAAGAGAGGGGCGACCAGCACACAACUCCAUUUUAUUCGAGGAGGAGCGUCAGUUGGAGUCGAGACUUGCACCCAGACGGACGUGUUUUUCUGUGUUCUAUUAACAAGUUUUGAUUUCGUACAACUUUGGCUUUAGUGUGGCCCAUUAAAUUGAGGACGGACGGAUAUGCUCCAAGUGUUGGAAUCUGAUUCUAUAACGCAUCGAAACAACAACAACAACGACAACGACAACAACAUGUUGACCAACGGAUCUAACCAAUACAUCCAGCCGGAUUAUCUCACCACUACGCUGGAUUCAAAGAGGAGUCCAUUGGCUCUGCUGGCCCAGACUUGCAGCCAAAUCGGGGCCGAUCCCACCCCGUCAACAACAACCUCAACAACAUUGUCGUCCUCUUCUUCAUCGUCGUCGUCGUCUUCGUCGUCCAUUUCCGUCACCAAAAAUUUGAGCGACAAACCGUCGAAGAAACUCGCCCACUCGUCCGAUGCUGGCGCAAACAGCGACAAAUCCAGCCGGAAGACUCCGCCGCAAUCAAAAAGCCAACAACAACAACAGUAUCUCGAUCCUUAUGGCCGUCACGAGUCGGCCAAAGAAUCGUCCGAAUCGUCCAGCAACAAAUCGGGAUUCAAAAGUCCGUCGACCAAAUCGGCGUCGGCCACUUCACCUUCAAACAACAACAACAACAACUCUCAGCAACAACAAUCUCAACAAGAUUCGAAAUUUAUGGUCGAGCAGCAGCGCAUGGUUCUGGACAUGGCCAUGCAACAACAGCAACAACAACAACAACAGCAAAAUCAGUUGUCAAAGGAUAUCCAGCAAUCGAUGCUGGCCGCUUACCACCAGCACCGACCCUCGCCCGUUUUCCCGUCGCCGCUGUCGGUUGGCAGUUUGACUGGGCAUCACCACCACCCGCUCAGCCCCUACCACCACCCGGGAUUGGCCGGCCUAGACGCCGCCACGGCCGCCGCCCUGGGAGCGUUCAGACACCCGGCCUAUUCGGCAGCAGUGGCCCACCAUUUGGGCGGAUAUCCGUCGGUACAUCACGUGCCCGUCUCGCUGGGCCUCUCCUUGGCCAGCUACCAACAAGCGCUCAGCGCCGUUUCCUACGGCCAGCGAUUGCAACAACAACAUCAAACCUCCUCGUCCAGCAAAGCGGGAGGCGAGUCGGCCGGCAUUUGCCGCGAUCCUUAUUGCACCGGAUGUCCAAACAGCAGCCCGGCAUCAGCAGCGGCCAGCACCGCCGUUUCAUCUUCAAAUUCCCCCAACAACAACAACAACAACAACAACUCGUCUUCUUCUCCAGCAGCCACAACAACAACAACCUCAACUGCUUCAAUGACAUCGAGCAGUAAUUGCCCGGCUGGUUGCACCCAGUGCGAUCACAUGACGAGAACAACCGCCAAUCAUUUCACGUCCAGCAGUGGCAGUUCCAGCAGUGGCGGCCUAGGCCUGACCAGUUCGACGGCGGCGCUGUCGUCCAGUUUGUCGAUGAGCACGUCGACUCCGUCGACCAUCGUCACGCCGGCCUCUGCCUCCGACUCGACUCUGCUGACAUUGCGGCCGUACGUUUGCAACUGGAUCGCGGCCGACCAUUACUGCGGCAAGCGAUUCCCGUCGUCCGAGGAGCUGCUCCAGCACCUCCGCACCCACACGAGUCUGUCAGUACCGCCGGCCGUGACGUCGUCAGCUGCUGCCGAGCCGUCGCUGAGUUCUCCGUCGUCGUCCAGUUACUCGCCGGGAGGCAUUCAUCCCCAUCACCACCAGCUGCUCAAUCCGUCGCUACAUCCGCACAGCGCCCAUUUGUUGGCCGCCUCGGCUGCCGCCGCCCUCCACCGGACUUAUCCGACUCCGCCUCUCAGUCCCCUGUCCAUGGCCCGUUACCACCCGUACAGCACGGCUGCCGCCGCCAGUUCCAGCAAACAUUUGUCCAGCAGCGGACAGCAGUCGGCACUUCAACACUCGCCACUUUCAACGUCGGCCGGGCCACCACCGCCGACAGCCGGAGCGCCACCACCCCCCAAUAGCAAUCCGGCCCUCCUCUCUCUCCAUCACCACCACAACCCGUACGCGGCUGCUGCCAGUUUGGCCGGCCUGCCCAGCUACUACCCCACUCAUCCUUAUUCGCUUUACAGCCAGCGGAUGUUGGCCGGCGCUGGAGUUUUACCUUGAAAAUUUUCGUUUUUUAAUUAUUUCUUUGUUGUAAUUUUAAUUGCCGUGUUUUUAUUUUUUAUCACCUCUUUUUUUUUCAAACCAAAAUUCAAUUUUCUUUAACUCUAUAUUUCUUUCUUCGUGUGUGUGUGUGUGUGUGUAUAGGAGUUAUUACCAGUUGGCACAAUUAAUUAACACAUUUCGAUUCGUUUCUUCUCUCUUUCUCUCUCGAUU